GAUUCAUCCCGAGAACGACUUCGGACGUCAUAUGUCACGUGAUUUUUUUUUUCCUCGCCCAGAAGCAAGCUUCGAAGCAGUGGUUCUAGUUGGAAGUCCAGGUUUCGAACUUCUUCUCUGAUAGUAUCAGCAGAAGUAAUUUCUCGCUCAUCUGUCGUUUAUGGUCUUCAUGGGAGCAACACAAUGGACUGGAUAAUUCAUGCUACACUAUUCUUCUCAGCACUAAAUGCUGCACUUUGUUUCAAUAUUGAUCCUGUGGCCUGGAAGACUCUGAGGAGCUCUGCUGCUGGUUUUGGUUACCAGGUGGUUCAAAGACGGUCAGAUUUGCUCAUCAGUGCUCCACUUGAACAGUAUUCACAAAGUGGAAGAGGGAGAAUAUAUAGGUGCUCCGCCUCUGACUCAAACUGUCAAAAUAUACAAUUUUCAGCACCAGAUUUUGCAGUCAACAUGUCCCUUGGUUUGACAAUGAAAAGUGAUCCUACAGCACAAAACACUCUGGUGUGUGGUCCAACCAUUCCAAAGGACUGCAAAAGUAUCACCAUGUACAAUGGUGUGUGCUUUGAGAUGGAUCGUGACAAUAGAUUUGGACAAGCCAUGCCUUCUUCUCUUCAAGAGUGCCCGCUGCAAGCAGACAUCGCCUUCCUGUUGGAUGGUUCAGGCAGUGUAUCUCGUACUGAUUUUCAAACAAUGAAGAUGUUUGUGAAAAAUUUAAUCCGGCCAUUUCUCUCAAGUGAUGCACAGUUUUCUGUUACCCAGUUCUCCAGGUCACCGCAGGUACAUUUUUAUUUUAUGACAUUUUCCUCAUCUGGAUCAAUGGAGACUACCAUCGAUGGGAUCAAUCAACAGAGGCAAACUACUUACACAGCUAAGGCCAUCAAACAUGUUGUGGAAAAUGUUUUCAUACAAAGAGGUUCCAGACCAAAUGUGAAGAAGGUCUUGAUAGUAAUUACUGAUGGAGAAUCCCAUGACCGGAAGGAUCUGGGACCUGCAGUGAAACUAGCAGAGAGUAAAAAGAUUGUUCGAUUUGCUAUUGGGGUGGGGAAUGCAUUUACUUCACCUGCAGCAAAGCAAGAACUGGACACCAUUGCAUCGUCUCCCUCAGACAAACACGUGUUUCGAGUGGAUAGCUUCAACGCACUUGAAAGAAUAAGCGAGAAUCUGCAGGACAAAAUAUUUUCCAUAGAAGGAUCUCAAAGCGGUGGAGAGUCACUGAAAAUGGAAAUGUCUCAGGAAGGAUUCAGUGCAGCUUUUGUGCCUGAGGGAAUUCAAAUGUCUAUUGUUGGUGCAAACCAGUGGAAGGGAGGCUACGUGCAGUACACAAGGGGCCAGAAGGUGAAGACAUAUGAGGAUGUGUCUUUGGAGCCUGACAGUUAUCUUGGUUACUCCAUGGCAAUUGCUAAAACCCAAAGUGACUCUCUGACAAUUGUUGGUGCUCCAAGAUAUAAACACAGAGGAGUUGUGGUCGCUGUUAACAGACAAAGUGUUGAAAAUCAAAAGAUUGAACCCUUUUCAUCACAGUAUCAGACUGGUGAAUAUUUCGGGGCAGAGGUGUGUGCCAUGGACUUAAAUAAUGAUGCCAUCACUGAUCUAAUCUUCAUAUCUGCCCCAAUGCACAUGGAGCCUGAUGGAGAGGGAAGAGUUUAUGUUUGCAGACUAACUGGUUUGUUUGUUGAGUGUAAUUUUAAUGAACCAUUAAUACUCAGAGGACGUGCAGCUGUCAAAGGAAGGUUUGGCUCUUCUCUUGCUGUGCUGCCUGAUCUAAACUCAGAUGGAUUCAGGGAUUUGGCAGUUGGAGCACCUUUGGAGAAUGAUGGUGAAGGCAGCAUCUACAUAUUCCAUGGAGAAGGAAGAAGAAUCAGUCCUACUUACUCACAGAGAAUUACUGGCUCUGAGGUUCAGUCAGGACUGAAGUUCUUUGGCUUAUCAAUCAGUCAAUCAUCGUUUGACCAGAGUGGUGAUAAACUGCCUGACUUAGCGGUGGGUUCAAAGGGCAAAGUUGUCUUACUGAGAUCAAGACCCAUAGUGAUGGUAGAAGCUGAGGUGUCAUUCAGCCCAAAGCAAAUUCCUACUCAGAAUGUAGACUGCUCAAAACCAUUGGAGAACACAGCUACAAUCUGCUUUACCAUGAACAGAGUGUCUACAGUCAACACAGCUCAAGCAAGGAUUAAUUAUAUUUUAACACUGGAUGCCACUCGCAAACCUCCAAACAGCCGAGCUUACAUCAGUGGGAAACAACGAGAGCAGUCUGGAUCAGUUACUGUUGACUUGGGGGAAAAAAAGUGUUUAACUCUGACAUUCCAUAUUGAGGCCUGUCCAGAAGAUGCUCUCAGUGCGCUUUCCAAUGAGCUCAAAUUCACAUUUGGUGGUUUGCCCUCAAACACAAAUCUCAGGCCAAGUCUCGCCCCACAGGCUCAAACAACCACUUAUCCUUUAGGUUUUGAGAUCAACUGCGGCACUGACAACAAAUGUGUUGACAACCUGAAGGUAGAUUUCAGCUUCACCAGAUCCUCAGAGGUUAAAGUGGGCAUUGAUGAGCUUUUGGAUGUCACAGUCACAGUGGAGAACAGAGGGGAAAACUCCUACAACAGCCGUGUUAUUCUCACCUACCCAGCUGGACUCUCCUACAGGAAGUUCACCAUUCUGCAGGGAAGAAUUGAGUGCAACUCCUUGGACAGUGAAGAUGGUUUAUCACGAGGAAGCACAGACUGCUCUAUUGACAAGCCAAUUUUCAAAAGCAAAACUAAGGCUUCCUUCAUUGUGUCCUAUGGGGUUGACACCAAUAGUCAGCUUGAGAGGAAGAUUUUUGUCACUGCAAAUGCCACCAGUGGAAAUCAGGAGCAUGCUGCUACAAGUGAACUCUACAAAAAGAAAUCGAUUGAUGUGAAAUACAGCAUUUUUAUGACAUUUGAAAGCUCCCUCAGCUACAACAAUUUCACAUUUGGGGUGAAUAAUUUACAGAAACCAGUCCAACAAUCUAUCCAGGUUACAAAUGAUAUCAGAGCUCUUAAUUUCACUGUGGUGAUCAGGGUUCCAGUGAAGCUCGGUGAAAAAGACAUUUGGGUGGAUUUGAACAGUCUACAGAUCGCAGACUGUCAGAAAUCAAAUGGUGAAGAAUCACCUAUCAGAGAUUUUAUUCGUCAGAUACAAAAAAAUAAAGUAGUGGACUGCUCUGUAGCCAGGUGCAGAGUGUUCAAGUGCAACACAUUCAUGGGAAUACGGGAGAGCAGGACGUAUGAAAUCUCUGCCAACCUCAGUUCACGAUGGAUAGAGCAGAUUGGACUUCAAUCUGCCAAAUUCCUCUUGACCAGCACAGCCAGUCUGGAGUACGACAAAAACCAGUACAUCUACUUUUCAACAGGGUCCAACAACAAUCCUCCAGUUCGCAAGAUUGAGGCAGAGGUAGAAGUGUAUCCUAAACCAGAUUUCACCAGAGCGAUUGUCGGAGGAUCCCUGGGAGGGUUGGCUUUACUGGCUUUACUCACUGCUGGCCUGUAUAAGGCUGGAUUUUUCAAGAGUAAAUACAAUCAGAUGAUGAAUGAAAAUGCAGAAGGCAGUCCAGAUCCAGGGACUGAUGCAGGGACUGAUGAAGGUGCACCCCCAGCAGAAUAACAAAGAUAAUAUUUGUGCAUAGUUGGCCAUUUAAUUAAUAUGGAAGCUAUAAACAAUCCUGAUACUUUUAGGAAUGAACACAGUGUGCAGAAAUGUCCAUGCUACUGCAUUUGAUACAGUAAACAAGAAACAGCUGUUGCUGUGUCUGAAAUCACUCCUUCACUCACUCAUUCACUAUUACCUAUAACCGAGCUUCCUACCUGGUGGUCAGGACCCUCAAGACAAAAUAAAACUAAAAUAUUAAAGAAGAUUAUUUUUUUACAAAGUACCUUUUAAACGUGUUUGAUUUAAGCUGUCUGAGCAGAAAAAUACUAUUACCGGUCAUCUGCUUAAGGCAAAGCAUCACAAGAAGAUGCUCAAAAUAAAUGUAGUGAACUACUUUAUAUUGUCAGAAGUAUUCAAUCACUCAUCCAAAUCAGUGAAUUCAGGUGUUCCAAUCACUUUCAUGGCCACAGGUGUAUAAAACCAACCCAACAGAACACCUUUGACUUGAAUUAGAGUGGAAACUGUGAGCGAGGCCUUCUCGUCCAACAUCCGUGUUUCACUUCACAAAUGCACUUCUGAAAGAAUGGUCAACAAUUCCCAUAAACACUCCUAAACCUUGUUGAAAGCCUUCCCAGAAGAGUUGAAGCUAUUAUAGCUGCAAAGGGUGGGCCGACAUCAUAGUAAACUCUGGUGAUUAAGAACGAGAUGUCACUCAGUUUCGUAUGCAUGUGAAGGCAGAGCGAGCGAACACUUUUGGCAAUAUAGUGUACCUGAGCAGAUGGAAGUGAUUUUUGACCCAGUCCUGUGAUGCAUUAUGGUCGCAACUUUAAAGUGUGUUUGCAAUAGGACUUUAUGUGCAAACAUUGGAGAGAGCUUGUUUAAAAGUUGUUUGUUGAACAUAACAUUCAUGCCAUCAUGUAUUGUAAAAUGCUUGAAAUUCAAUACAUAUACAUACUUGCUUGCUUAAAAACAUAAAGACUUGCUUUAUUCAGGAAGCUGUGUUGUGACUUUGCUUAAAAAAAAUCCAUACUUCAAUGCUUAUUAUUUAUUGUGUGUACAUGGAACAUAUUUCAUUUUUGCUUUCAUGACUCGUUUUCCCCAUUUUUAGUUAGACAGAUAACAGCAGUGUGGUGUACAGACUAAACAUGUUAGUGCAUAACCAGUUUAUAAAAAAAGAACACAGAAGAACAUUUGUGUGGGGAAUGUGGCAUUAACUGGAACCA